GCGUCGUUUUUCAGGCUGGGCAUGACGUAAUGCAAAGGCGACUUGACCAAUUCAUGCCUCAAGUAGAGAAUUGGAUUGAAUGGUUAUAGAGACCAAUAUGGCACGAUUUGAGAUUAACAAAGUCAAACUCGAUACUCUGAAAAAGUAGUAUGAUCAGAUAGCACUGCACAACUGCACGAUCAUGAAGUUGCUACAUAAAGAUAUUGAAAAAGAUAAUGCCGGUCAGGUGACCCUGAUGCCGGAGGAGGCGGAGGACAUGUGGCACACCUACAACCUGCUGCAGGUGGGGGACAGCCUGCGCGCCUCCACCAUCAGGAAGGUGCAGACUGAAACGUCGACGGGCAGCGUGGGCAGCUCCCGGGUCAGGAUCAUGCUCACCGUGUGUGUCGAGACCAUCGACUUCGACUCCCAGGCCUGUCAGCUCCGAGUGAAGGGGACCAACCUAGAGGAGAACCAGUAUGUCAAGAUGGGGGCAUACCACACCAUCGAGCUGGAGCUCAACAGGAAGUUCACUCUGGCUAAGAAGGUGUGGGACAGCGUGGUGCUGGACCGCAUAGAGCAGGCGUGUGAUGCAGCCCAGAAGGCAGACGUUGCGGCGGUGGUGAUGCAGGAGGGGCUGGCUAACGUGGUCCUGGUGACUCCUGCCAUGACCCUGCUACGGGCCAAGGUGGAGGUCACAAUCCCCCGCAAGAGGAAGGGCAGCUGCACCCAGCACGAGAAGGCGCUGGAGCGAUUCUAUGAGGCAGUAAUGCAGGCGAUCCUCCGUCACAUCAACUUUGACGUGGUGAAGUGUGUGCUGGUGGCCAGCCCGGGUUUCGUGAAGGACCAGUUCAUAAGCUACCUGUACCGAGAGGCCGUGCGCCACGACAACAAGGUUCUGCUGGAGAACCGGGCCAAGUUCAUAUUGGUCCACUCUUCCUCAGGUCACAAGUACUCGCUGAAAGAGAUCCUGUCAGACCCAACCGUCACCAGUAGGCUCUCGGACACCAAGGCUGCAGCCGAGGUCAGAGCGCUGGAAGAGUUCUACAAGAUGCUGCAGCAUGAGCCUGACAGAGCCUUCUACGGCCUUGCUCAUGUAGAGAAGGCAGCCGAGGCUCUGGCCGUGGACGCCCUGCUGAUCAGUGACGUUCUCUUCAGGCACCAGGAGGUAGCUACAAGGAGUCGUUACGUUCGUCUGGUGGACAGCGUGAAGGACAACGGAGGAAUGGUCAGGAUAUUUUCAAGUCUUCAUGUGUCUGGAGAACAGCUGACCCAGCUGAGUGGAGUGGCGGCCAUUUUGAGGUUCCCCAUCGCCGACCUAUCGGAGCCCGAGGAUGACAGCAGCUCAGACGAUGACUAGCACCUUGAGACCCGAACCCUGGGGAACCCAACCAUGGCCAGAACCAACGCCUGCAGGGUCGGGACCUGCUGCUUGCUGUUCCAAGAUCCAUAAACACUUGAAUGAUUCAGUUUCAGUGGCCAUGGUGAAUGUGGCAUUCUAUCCAAUAGCCACAGUUUCUUUUGAAGCUGAAAGAACUACAACAUAUAUUUUUUCCUGUAAUAGAGCUGCUUGAGGUGCAUUAUGGGAAGCUUAGGUGGUUGAGGUGAGUGAUUGAAUCUUUGUGAACAUACCUCACAACUAACUCAUGACAUUAAAAAGUGCAAACAAGAUUA